AAAAUAAUAAUUGAUGUUCAAACCGUUGUUGUUGACUCUGUUUGUCAAAAUAAAAUCCAAUUAAAUCUCCAACACACACAUGUAGUGCCCAAUUCAAAGACGCACCAAUUCAUUUCCAUGAAAAAAUUGUAGAGACCUUUUUAUUCUCUUCUACCUCCUUAUCCUCCUUCAUCAAUCUUCAUGAUGAAAAACAUGGAAGUUGAAUCACUAAUACCAAAACCAACGAGAUACUUGAGAAGGCGGCGCUACCAACGCCUGGACGAAGACGGUGGUAAGAAGACAAAGGUUGUAAGGUUGAGAAGAAGGCAAUGGAGGAUCAAAGUAGUUCCAAGGUUAACAUGGGCAAUUAGAUCACCAUUGAAGAUGUGGACAAAGGUUAAGAACGCUUAUGAGAACUUUAUGUUGAAAUCAAUGAAAAGUGAUAGUACAAUAUUUGGAACUCAAAAGGCUCGUGAAGAUUCUAAGGAUUAUACCCCUGAUGCUUUUGAGGCUAGGCUUAUAUUUGAGAUUUCUAAGGCCUUGGUUGCUUCUCAUGAACUUCAUUCCAUGUAAUACUUAUAAUACUUUAUUAAUUCCUUCUUAUAAAUUUGGUGUACUUUUGACGAAUCAUCCAAAUCGAUUUGUUCACCUUUUAUACAAGUUUACAUCUUUCUUCAUCAUUUUGCUUGAUCGUAUAUAAUAAUAAUAAUUCCUUGACUAAUUGUGAGGGCAA